CUCCAGUCCUCCACCACCAAUGUUCCUCCCAGCAGCAGCAGCUCGCGCGGCGAUCGCUUCUCACCGAAGCCCAAGGCCAGGGCCUGCCCCUCAUCCGCCCAGCAUAGAAGGAGUUGCAGGUCGGUGAGCUUAUUUAGCCAUGGACAGGGAGGUAUCUCUACCUCCUCCACCUUACACUACAGAGCUGGAUGUCUACAUUUACGAUUACCUGAUCCAACGCAAUCUGCUCGCAACUGCUGAAGCCUUUGUGAAAGAGACUGAAGUAAAGCCAUUUGCAACUGAUCCUCAAAAAAUUGAUGUUCCUGGAGGAUUCCUCUCUGAUUGGUGGUCUAUAUUUUGGCCAACCUUCAUUUCAAGUCCAGGUGAUCCGGCAUGCCCGGAAGGGCAUGCACCAGAGCAAAAACCAUUGGAGGUGGGCAACCACUUCAGUCAAGCAGAGGAGCAAAUUCAGCAAAGUGCUGCUACUCUUGCCAAUGCAAAUAGAUCAAAUGAUGGCAUAUUCAACCAUACAAUGCACCAGGAUCCUGUUGCUGAUUCACCCCAGAUGAAUUCUCAAGAGUUCCACCAACUCCCUGGUGUUGGCAGGAUGGACCUAGUAAAUUCACAUGUCUAUAAGAGCACAUACUAUAGGACUGCCCCCAGGCAUAUGCCGCAACCGUAUCAACAGCCACCUUAUGGAAAAUGUGCAGAUGACAUGCUUGAUUUAUCAGGGGAUGUUGUUACGAAGAAAACAAUGGGAAUCAUCAUCGAGGAAGUUUUAAGUCUGAAAGCCAGUAGCAAAAAGAUUUUUUGCUGUGAUUUUUCUUCAGAUGGGGCAUUGCUGGCUAGUGCUGGAGACGAAAACAAGGUUUUCAUUUGGAAUCUCAGAAACAAUUUAGAGCACCGCAGUUGGGAAGCACACUCUAGCUUCAUCACAGAUAUCAGCUUUCAUCGGAAUGAAGCCAUGCUUGCAACAGCUUCAUCUGAUAAAACUAUGCGACUGUGGGACACAUCUCAGGGUGAUGAUUAUUGUGUCCAGGCCCAGAGCUUCACGGGGCAUAACACUCAGGUCAGUUCAGUAGAUUUUAAUCCGAAGCAUACUUCACUCCUCUGCUCGUGUGAUGAUGGCGGAAAGGUUCUUUACUGGAAAAUAGGCCAACCUAACCCAAGACGCAUCUCUAAAGCUACAGGUAAAGCAAAAGUACGGUUCCACCCUCAUGGCAACAUUCUUGCUUCAGCUAUUGGACACACUGUGAACAUCACUGAUGUCGAGACGGAUGAAAGGUGCAUGUGUUUCCAGGGUAACAGGGAUAACAAACCUUUGCACUCCAUAUGCUGGAACGAACGUAUCAAUUGCUUGGCUUGUGUCAGUGAUAAUUGUGCGAGGGUCUGGUCUACAGACGGACAACCUGUCCGUGAGCUAAACCAGAACGGCUAUUUCCGCUCGUGCAGCUUCCAUCCGAAGUAUCCAAACACGUUGGUCAUUGGGGGAUACGAGACCAUCACACUGUGGAACUUUGCGGAGAACAAGGUGGAGUCUGUGCAGGCUCACGAUUGCUAUGUGUUAGAUUUGGAUGGAUGUCUUGCCACAGGCUUGCUUGCGUCCGCAUCGCGUGAUGGAUGCGUCAAGGUCUGGAGGUGAUCAAGGUCUAGGCUGGUGUUCCCUCACAGAUCAUUGGCUAGCUCUAAUCUAGAUUAGUUAGAUGCCAAUUACAUUAGCAAGAACAUUACUAGCAAAGAGUCAGGAACACUUAGUUAGGUUGUGUUCUGUUAAGGUAGGAGCUCAGCGGAGGCAGGCAACCAGAAUAGCUUUUGGGUUGGCUUUGGCUAUUGGCUCUUCCUUUUAUACUGGCAGGCUGGCUAAUUUUGUAUAAAAUCCCUUUUGCAUUGUUUUCCA